UUUUGUAGUUAAAAAAAAAAAAAAAAAAAAAAACACGUAAAGUAAAAUGAAAAUGUACCAUCUUAACCGCUUUUAAGUGCUUACUGGCAUUAAGUACGUUCGCGGUGUCAUGCCACCAUCCAUCUCCAUCUUGCAAAGCUGGUUUAGUGAGGCGCUGAGAGCGUGGGCUGCUGGACUCACAUCCUGGCUCUGCCACGCACAGCUGUGUGGCUUGGGCCAUCGCCUAACCUCUCUGUGACCCUCAUGUCUUGUCUCUAAGAAGGGAUAACUGCUUAAAGAACUUUUUCAUCUUGCAAACUGGAAACUCUGUACCCUUUCAACCCCCCGCCGCCAGCCCUGACAGCCACCCUUCUGCUUUCUGUCCCUAUGAGUCUGACCACUUACCCGCCUCUGUAAGUGGGUCACAUGGGCUUAGCCAGGCUGCGCCUGCCCCUCCCUGAGUGCAGCGUCCUCCAGGGUCAUCACGUCGGAGCAGGGGUCAGGGCUUCGUCCUCGCUCGGGCUGGAUUGCACCGUGUGGAUGUGUUUUGUCUGCCUGGUCAUCAGGCUGGCGGGUCGCUUGAUGCCAGACUGUGGGGCAGAAGUGGUCAACAGUGGUGUCUCCCCACUGCCCUUCCCUCCGGGAGGCUGCAGACGCCUCUGUGCUCUGAGUACCAGGUGCCAUGAGGAGCAGGGAGGAUGGAGCCCUGCUCUUCCCCGCCUGUCCAGUACCAAACGCGUGUCCCUAGAGCCCAGCCCUCAUGACAGUCCCCAGGAGGGUGUGCCUGGCCAGCCCAGAGGUGGGGCAGGAGCCUGGCCAGGGAAGAGCAUGCCAGGCAGAGGCACCAGGUGGGGUCGCCUGCCCUGCUCCCUCCAGAACCCCACCCGGGACCCUUCCUCGCAGAGCCUGUCCCUGGGCCGGGAGCCCUGCUGACCCAGGAGCCCUGUGCGCAGGGCCAGCCCCUCUGCACGCAGCUCCGCGGUGCUCAGCCCCGUCUCAGCCGUCGUGCUGCCCUGCUGCCGGCUGUAUAGUGCACGGCCUGUAAAACAGACAGAGUGUCGGCGGGAUCUACCGUCUGGGGGCCGAGCUUAGGGACCCUCCAUCCGUCUUGCCUCUCAGGGGGAGCACGUGCUGCCCACUCGGGCUCACAGGCCUUCUUGGGCUGGACCCCCUGCAUCUCCUGCAACACUUUCCCUGAACUGUCUCUCAUCAGGCAGUGGGAGCAGCUGACACGCAGGGGUGGGGGGACGAGGGACCCGGCAGGAGUAACAGGAAACAGAGGUGGUGAGAGCAGCUUUCCGGGAGCCCUUUCCUGCUUCCAGGGGGAAAGGGCAUGAAACGAGCAGCCCGGGGUCGAUGGUCCCACACCCCCAAGCUCAGCCCGAAGGAGGAGAACCGCAGCUCUGACAGCUCUGGAGACAGGAGGAGAGACGGGGGACCCCUGACCUUCUGAAAUCCCCGGUCCUGCCCUGGGUGCGAAUCUUGGAGGUUGGGUAGGGACACAGGACUAAUGCGGGGGGACAGGAAGGUGUCCCAACACCAGGGCAGGCCCAGCUCAGUUUCCAAAUGUGUAAAAGAGGAACAGAAAAGCGGUGCCCACCCAGGGAGCUGCGUGAGCCCACGGCAGGCAGCCCGCGGCCAGGAGCCCGGACGUCCCGCUCAGCACACCGCCACGGAGCCCACGCCCCGUGGACCACCCUCCUCGGCACAGCCUUGUCCUUGGGAGGGAGGAAUCUGCUAGAAGAACUGCCCAGAGGCCAGUCAAUGCUGACCCGGGGGGAGCUGAGGUGCCCUGGCUUCCCUUUCUCUUCCAGACACUUGGACUCGGCUGGAUUCAAACAACAUGGUUGCUGCUAUAAUUUCUAUUACAGUUGACGUCGCCCAGCAUUCGUGGUGCUCCCUGUGGGCCAGGCGCCAUGAUAGUGUUUUCCAUGGACCCCUCAUUUGAUCGCAGAGUGGCCUGGUGUCCACCCCGCAGGGUUCCUGACCCACCUCAGAAGGCAGCACCCACCAGACUCCGGUAGGGCCGGACUCCGCAGACCUGCUUCGGCAAUGGGUAACGAGGAGCUGUGGGCCCAGCCAGCCUUGGAGAUGCCGAAGAGACGGGACAUCCUUGCGAUUUUCCUCAUCGUGCUGCCUUGGACGCUGCUGGUCACCGUGUGGCACCAGAGCACCAUCGCGCCCCUGCUCACCGCACACAAGGAUGACGGCAGCGAUCCCCGACGCGAGGCGCCACCCGGCGUGGACCCCAGGGAGUACUGCAUGUCCGACCGCGACAUCGUGGAGGUGGUGCGCACCGAGUACGUGUACACGCGGCCCCCGCCCUGGUCCGACACGCUGCCCACCAUCCACGUGGUGACGCCCACCUACAGCCGCCCGGUACAGAAGGCUGAGCUGACGCGCUUGGCCAACACACUGCUGCACGUGCCCAACCUGCACUGGCUGGUGGUGGAGGACGCACCGCGCCGCACGCCGCUGACCGCGCGCCUCCUGCGCGACACCGGCCUCAACUACACGCACCUGCACGUGGAGACGCCGCGCAACUACAAGCUGCGCGGGGACGCGCGCGACCCGCGCAUCCCGCGGGGCACCAUGCAGCGCAACCUGGCCCUGCGCUGGCUGCGUGAGACCUUCCCGCGCAACUCCAGCCAGCCUGGCGUCGUGUACUUCGCGGACGACGACAACACCUACAGCUUGGAGGUUUUCGAGGAGAUGCGCAGCACCAGGCGGGUGUCCGUGUGGCCCGUAGCCUUCGUCGGCGGCCUUCGGUACGAGGCCCCGAGGGUCAAUGGGGCCGGGAAGGUGGUCGGCUGGAAGACUGUGUUCGACCCCCACCGGCCGUUUGCAAUAGACAUGGCGGGGUUUGCGGUCAACCUGCGGCUCAUUCUGCAGCGAAGCCAGGCCUACUUCAAGCUCCGCGGCGUGAAAGGAGGCUACCAGGAAAGCAGCCUCCUGCGAGAACUUGUCACCCUCGGUGACCUGGAGCCCAAGGCGGCCAACUGCACCAAGAUCCUGGUCUGGCACACACGGACUGAGAAGCCGGUGCUGGUGAACGAGGGGAAAAAAGGCUUCACUGACCCCAUGGUGGAGAUCUGAGCCCCAGGACACAGGAGCCCUCUUCUCAGACCUGCUCCUGGCCACCUGUGCUCCCCACGCGGGUGGUCCCUCCGAGGCGGACUCCUGUGGAAUCGCCGUCACCCUCCUUUCUACUCUGGGGCCUUCAGAGAGACCAGCCUGAUGCCAGGACAAAGGACGGAGACCCUAAAGCACAGAAAACCCAGACCUGUUGUUCUGUUCCAUCUGCCCUGGCAGGGCCGGCCGGGGCAGACACCUUGGGCCCCAAGCCCGGGAGUGAUGCCAGGCUGGGAGGGGGCGAAAGACCCCAGCAGUCCAGCAGAGGGCUCCCCAGCUCCCCCUCGAGGCCCCACGACCACACAGGACACCUGGCCAGGGACUGCGAAAGACGGCAAGCAGCCCCCACCCCCGGCAUCAGGAACGAGCUGCUCCGAGGAGAUGCAGCCCCUCCGGCCCGCUUUCCUCUGGCUCCUGCUUGCGGAGCGUAAGGCUGUCUGUGCUCCCGGCAGGCGGCCAGCCCUGUGCGCGGGGAGUCAGGCUGCCAGAGGGCUGCUCUCCCCAUACCUCAACCUCGUGGAGGGAGCAGAGCGCCCUCCCUGGCUCUUGUCCCAGCGCAAGGAAGGAGGUGGGCCCUCCACCCAGCACAGGGUAUAGACCACACGGCACCUCCCCAACGCCCACUGGGCUCCGGGCCCCUCGCCUGGGCUGGGACUGGGGAAGCAGGAGCCCCCAACCCAGAGCCAUGAGAACCACAGGCCUCAGGGGCUCAAGGGAGCAGGUGGGCCAGGAGGAGAGAGGAGGGGCCCGGGCGGUCCCAGGGCUCCUCCCUGCCCCUGGCUGGGGGACUCCGGAUUAGUAGAGGGGUUUAAGGAAGGGGGCAGAGAUGAUCUGAACCCCGAGGGCAGGAUACCUGAGCACACACUGCUUUGGAAACCAUGCGAUUUACACACCGAGUGGGAAGUAAAACCUCCCUUCUCCCUAAACUGGGGGCGCGAAGAGCAAGCCGGCCUCACGUCCGGCCGCCCGGCCGCCCCAGACAAGGAACCGUGUGCGGCCCUCAGCCAGGAGGAGAGGUGCCUGUCUCCCUGGCUUCCCGACGGGGCCGGCCCUCUGCCGGUCUCCACUCACACUCCUGAGCGUUGGAAG